AUGCCCCGCGAUCCCCUCAUCGGUCUCGUGGGAAAGCCUUCAGCUGGCAAGAGCUCGACGCUCAACAGCUUGACUGAUGCUACGUCCAAAGUUGGCAAUUUCCCCUUCACUACAAUUGAUCCUCAGCGCGCUAUCGGCUACCUCCAGAUCGAAUGUCCGUGUGCCAGGUAUAAGGUAUCAGACAGAUGCAGGCCCAACUAUGGUGCUUGUAUUGAGGGUCGCCGCUCUGUUCCUAUCGAGCUUCUUGAUGUCGCUGGUCUCGUCCCUGGGGCUCACGAGGGCCGUGGUUUAGGCAACAAAUUUCUCGAUGACUUGCGUCACGCAGAUGCUCUAAUCCACGUUGUCGAUGCUUCAGGUACCGUUGAUGCCGAAGGCAAGGAGACAAGAGGGUACGACCCCUCGGUAGACAUCGCAUGGCUGCGAAGCGAAAUCGUAGCCUGGGUUCUCGGCAAUCUCAUGCAACGAUGGGGCUCUAUCCGACGAAGGCAUCAGGCUGUCAAGGCGACUGCUACGGAAACCCUGCAGAAUCAGUUCUCUGGUUACGGUUCAACAACGACUACCGUGAACCGCGCAUUAGAUCGCUGCGGCAUCAAGGAGCCUCUCGAGGAUUGGUCUAACGACACCGUCGAGAUGGUUGUCAACGCUUUUAUCGACGAGAAAUUCCCUACAGUCAUCGCACUCAACAAAAUUGACCAUCCAGAUUCUGACAAGAACAUCUCUAAAAUCGCCAAGCAGCAAGAUCCCAACACCAUCGUACUGUGCUCCGCCAUCUCGGAGAUCUUUUUGCGAAAGAUGGCCAAGCAGGGCUACGUCAAGUAUGUCGAGGGCAGCGAAUUUGUUGACACCAAGGAGGACCUCAUAGAGCAGGGCGACCCUACCGGAGGUGGACUCAAAGAUCUCGACGAGAAGAACCGCACCCGAAUCGAGAACCUUAAAGACAUGGUCCUCUACCGGUUUGGUUCCACGGGCGUUGUGCAAGUUCUUUCAAAAGCUGCUGAGCUGCUUGGUCUGGUUCCAGUCUUCCCAGUACGAAACGCCUCCACCUUCAGCUCUGGUGCCUCAGAGUCCAAGUUUGUCUUCCGAGACUGUGUUCUUGUUAAGAAAGGCAGCACUGUCGGAGAUGUGGCGCGCAAAGUCAUGGGUGAUGCACCUAUUGCUUUUGUGGAAGGGGUUGGAAACGUCCGAGUAUCUGAAGACGACUUUGUAGCUGUUGGCAAGAAUGAUGUAUUGUCGUUCAAGGUCGGUAGAGCUUAA